AAGUAAAUUUUCUAACAAGAUCGUGAAAAAACAAAUGUUUUAUCCGAGUUAUUUGUUUAAUUAAUCGGUAAAAAUGGAUGUAACGAAAGGAAAAGGGACUACCAUCGAUCCCGGUCAGUGUAGAUGUUGCGGCUCUUUAAAGAAAUGCCGUCUUUUAAACUACGAGUACGAAGGAUUGGGCAGAAAAGAAGUCUACUCCGAUAUGUUUGUGGACUGCUUCGGUCUUCUGCUGUCCCACUUGGAUGGAGAGCCUGAAGACCGCCUCAUAUGUGCCACAUGUGUCACACGGUUGAGGGAGGCCAGCUGCUUCAGACAACAAGUCCUGGAGUGUGAGGAGAAGCUUCUGCAGUCAAAGAUACAUGUCCAUGAGGAUAUUAAAAACGGUGAAGUAGAAAAGGUAACUGUACAACCUAUUGAACUGAACAUAAAACAUAUGAAUGAUCAAUCGGAAUUAUCAGAUCAUGACAUCUGUGAUUUUGAAAAACCACAAACACCGAUAAGGAAAAUCAACAUCGACAUAACAGACAAUCCGAUCAAGAAGAAGGAAAAAUUAAACACGAAGAAAAGAAAGAGACUCAUUAAAAUUAAAUUAGAUGAUAAAAAUGAUAACGGACCUAUAUUCAAACGAAAGAAGAGAAAACCACACUUCCUAACCGAAAAAUCAUUUUUAAACGUAAUAACAGUCGUUGAAAAUUCUUACGCAUAUCCUUUUAACUCUUUCUUCAAUAAUUACUAUUGCGCUUACUGCAGGAAGAAAUUCGUUGACUGUACGAAACUUCGAGAACAUUCGCUAACUCACGAUCCAACUACAUACAAGGGUAUCCUUACCAAUAUACUUAAAAUACGCGAAAAUAGAAAAUGUCAAAUCGAUUUAUACAGAAUAGAUUGUAGACUAUGCGAUAUAAAUAUCGAUAACUUAGACAUUUUUAAAAACCACGUAUCAACUGUCCACGGAAAAAUUGUAUAUUCAGAAGAAAACGAUUUUUUGAAAUUCUACUUAACGCCAACCAAUUUGAAGUGCACAGAGUGCAAUAGUACGUUCAACGCUUUUCACCCUUUGAGGAAACACAUGGCGGAACAUUUCGGCACCUGUAUUUGCGAAGUUUGUGGUGCGCAUUACUUCGAGGAACGUAUGCUGACUGCUCAUAUGAAGAGCCACCAGGAAUCAGACAUGCGUUCUGCUUUCUCUUGCAAGCUUUGCACAAAAUCUUUUAAAGCGAAGUACAAUUUGAAAAUACACGUCGCCCGCUUACAUACGAAGGAAUCUGCAUAUCUUUGCGUUGCUUGUGACGCUUCUUUCUUCUCGAACACAUUGCGUCAGAAGCACAUGGUAAACGUACACGGAGAAGACUGCACCUUCAAAUGUGAUCAGUGCGACAAAGUCUGUAUCAAUAAGAAUACUCUCCGAGAUCAUUAUAAAAGGAUACAUUUAAAAAUACUCAAGCACGAGUGCAAUUUAUGUGAAAAGAGAUUUUAUUUGCCGAGUAGGUUGAAGGAACACAUGACCACUCAUACUGGGGAGCGGAAUUUUAGAUGCGAACAAUGUGGAAAGAGUUAUACUAGGUUGAGGGCCUUGAACACACACAUGCAAUCGCAUCUGACUGUUAAGAAAUAUAAGUGCACAAUGUGUAGCGCGUCGUUCGAGCAGGUCGAGUCAGAGUAG